AGUCUGCUCGCGAUCGCAAAAGGAGGUGGAUUACUCGAUCUCGUCUUAACUAAACGCGUUUACGGUGUGAUUUGUGUUUUUUGUUGUGGUGUAUCAUGGCUUACAACGGUAGUGGUGGCAAGAGACUGUGCACAGGAACCGAUCUCGACGUGGAAAGGAGUAAUGGCAGCACGUACAUGUCGGGCGAGCCGCGACGCAAGCGCGAGCCGCCGGCGCGACCCAACCACAUCCUGCUCUACACCAUCAUCAACCCGGCCUAUCCGAUCACUGUGGUGAGUACUCUUAUUGUUUUAAAUAGAAUAUAGCCAAUAUGAAGAGAUGGUAGCGGACAGUAGUGGGACGAAACAAGCGUUCUAUUUCGACUGCAACCUGGACUGAGGAGAUACGUUCGUCCAUUACGCCACAAUACAAUCUAAAACAUUGUUAAUGUUAAUUACAUAAUAUAUUAAAACAAACGACCCGCCCGUUUUCGCUUAGGUGGGAUUUAUUAUUGUGGCGUCAUUUAGAUUUUUUUAUAUAUUUAUCAAUGCCUAUUUAUUAAAACCUAAAAAUACUCCCAAGUUUUUGGGAUAAAAAAUGGCAUAGAUCGCUGCCAACAUUGCUCCCUAUCAAUACGUGAAGUUUCAUUACCAUCGAGUCAGGCCUUACGAAGAUUAGCUCGGGCAUAUGCCCGAGCUACAGGACAGACAAAAAGUUAUUCAAGUCUUAAUGCCAUGCAAAUAUGCAAGUCCCUGGGCUCGAUAAAAGGCUGUUAUUUUGAUAAUGUAUUUUUGAAAUGCCAUCCAAACUGACAAUUAAUGGUUCAAAUUGUUAAUUAUCAGUUGCCUACCUGUUUUAAUAUGUAUGUUAUUUAAUAAAUAUUGUGUAUUCAUAAAUGUCUGGAUUUAAGGCAUUUAUGUUUUGUUUUCAAAACGUACAAAAUAAUAAAUUGACGGACCUUCAAUAUCCAGCCCACGCCUAUAAUAUGAGAACUCAGUGUAGUCAUUAUCAUUUCGCUGCCAAACACAGACUUCCCCAAAACAUUGUCACAAAGCAUUUCCCUGAACACCUUGCAUCCUGUGAGUGUUUAAUAAUCGAAAUCGAUAAAAAGUUUGGUUACAAUCGCAAUGAAAAUGACUUUAUAGGCAUUACGUUAAGAGUUGGCAGAAUUCCAGAGAUUGUCAAUCCAUGCGUAAACAAAAUACACAGAGAUAAACAAAGCAGAAGACCUGUUGCUGUGUAACCUACUUCGGUGUUAGCAACGCGCCAUUACACCUCGAACGGAUUCCAGUGUCCUUGCCGCGGCGUUCGCUGUUUCUCUCGUAACGACUACAGAUUGCUGGAUUUGUAGGAUUUAGCUUAGUGAAUUGUAUCGAGUUACGUUGAUAUUGUGUGUAAAUAAGAGUGAGAGAGAGCGGGUAAGAGAGAGUAAGAAUAAACAAAAUGAAACAACCACUGAACGUUUUAUGGUGUGGCUUAUAGUUGUUAUGUGUCUCUCUCUCUCUCUCUCUCUCUCUCUCUCUCUCUCUUUCUCUUUCUCUCUCACUCUCUCACUCUCUCUCUGUCACUAGACGCAAUGGCACUUGUUUGUUUUUAUAGGAUGGGGAUGAUAAACGAGUACAUAUAUAAGUGGUUGCUGCGGCCAUACGUCUACAUCUAUCCUCGAUUACGAAUCUUUAUAUUUUAAAUUUAAAAAUUUUGUACAACCGACUUCAAUAUAAAUUAUUAAGAAUAACUCAAAAACUAUUGGUCAGACUUUGAUCAAAUUCAUACGGGACUACAUGUGAAGCACGAGCUUUCAAAUAAAAAAGAAUCAUCGAAAUCGGUUCACCCAGAAAACUGUGAGGGUAAAGGUUUAGAGAAAUAUAACAGUCUCAUACUACGGAAUAAUUGGAAUAUUAGUCUCCCGCUUCAAGCUUGUUUUACACUGCUAUCAAAUAUUCCUUGCAAUAAUUCCUUCAUUUUAUAUAUGGUGGAAAAUGUGUCACACAAUCGUGACCAGUAUCGCAAUGGAGCAAAACAAAGGGGUUAAUAUAAUUUCAAGUUUUUAUUGGCAAACUUGCGGAGUGUGUUAAGGAAUUUUCCACGCCAUAAGAUAAGACAGGUCUGAGUGGGCGAUAAAGUUUGGCUUAUAGUGAGAAAGUUGCAAUAUUCACGUUUAUACUGGCGAAUAUUCUUCUCUUUUUUAUAGAAUAAGGGUGACCAACGAGCACACAGGUCCACUUGAUGGUAAAUGGGUGACCUCUACAUUAAGACUCGAUCAAGAUUCCAAAAUGCACAUGCCACGUUUCCAGUAAAAAGAAUCUCCGGUUCCCUACGCUCACCAUACGAAACAAAGCAGGAUUAAGUUGCUAAUUUCUCGGUAUACCCCGGUCGAGCCGACCCAUUCUUGCUACUACUAUAAUAUAACUGCAGUGUGGCUCUAUCACCUAAUUCACUACUGUGAUCAGGGAGUUUUAUUUAGAUCACGAUAAGUAAUCUCCUGCAUCGCGAAAUUAUUGCACAGUACUUAAUACUCAUGCAUUUUUUAAUUACGAGUUUUAAACGAUUAAACGGCUUGUUAACGCUGUGGCGGAGAUUUCGGCUGCGGCUUUUCGGGACCUUGUUUUUAAAUCCCGAAGUGUUUAUAUGGCCUAUGAAAUAAUUGUUCCAAAGAGCAUACAUACAUAAACACUCACGCCUGUCACCCAGAGGGGUAGGCAGAGAUUAUGGACUUCCAUUUGGCACGAUCCUGACACACCUCUCUCGCUUCCUCCACAUCCAUAUACCUACGCAUACACGCUCGUCGGUUAAAGGUACUCUUGAUUUGGCCCAUUUUUAAUAUAUCGCCAAUUUGGUCGAUAAACUUUCGCCUAGGGCGACCCUUCCCGACUAUGCCGUUCAAAGAGCAAUGGCAGAAAAAUAGUUGACAAAAAUUAUCGCGUCUAGAAAUAAGUUAUAUAUAAAAUGAGUUUUAUUAUUUUUCUGUGAUUUUUCAAAUAAAAAUGUAUUUUAAUUAAAGCCACAGAAAAAAACAAACAUUUUUGGGAAUAUCAAAUGACUUAACUCAUUUUACUCUAUUCAAAUGUUGCCAUUUAGUAUAUUCAUACUAUUUUCGUAUACAUUUUGUAAGACUACCAACACAACACACAAAAUAUUUUUAUAUGAAGUUAUUAUUAGUAAUAACUGUAUUAUCAGUAAUAAUAAAAAUAAAAGUGAUAUGGCUGAGAACAAGUCUCUUACAAAGAAUUUCCUACAAUAAUACAUUAUCUCAAUCAUAGUACUAUGUUACAAUUCCAUUUAAUGUUAUGUCAACACUAGCUAAAAUAAAAUGUCACUGUUUUUUUACUGGCUUUACGGCUCUGGGUUCUAGCCCUUCUGAGAAUGUCACUAUAAUACAAAGGCCCCGGAGCCAUGCCAGAAAUAUACAUUUAUAGUAUGCAAAUAUAUAAUAGAGAUAAAAUAAUCAACAACUCUCAAUUAUGUUUUAUGUAUUAAGCUAACAUCAAAAAACCACAGGAAGCAUGGCUUUUUCCAAGUGACAUAGGACAUAACCUAAAAAGGUUCAAAUCUAAAUAUCUUUUUUUUACACCUUCUCAGGACAAAAUUCUUUGACAGAGUUAUUAAGGGACUGAAGCUUAACAUUUUAAGAUAUUUUUAAUAUAAUAUAGACGCUACCAUUUCUUUUCAACUAAUUUUAUGUAUGAAAGUCUGCCAUUGUUCUUUGGAUACGGGAAAAAAAUCUUAAAAAUCCCAAGGGUAAAUGGCGGUUAAUAAAUAGGCAAUACAUAGUAAAUAGCAUCAUGUGCCAGCAAUAACUUUUUACUUAAUAGUUCUAACACGAAUAGGUCGGCUCGGCCGGGGCUUAAUGCUGCCAUAUUUUUGGUGAGUGUAGAGAAGCUGAGACCCUUAUCACUGGAAACGAGGCAUAUUCAAUCUUAGUUUGAUUGUCACCUGCAGUUUGAUUCUUAAUUGUGGAUAAAUGUCACCUGGCAUCAUGUGGACUGUGUUUUCGUUUGUCACCUUUAUUCUAUUAAAAAAACUUUCAAACUAUAUUUUUGUCAUAUUAUUUUAACUAAAAUGAAAAUAUUACGUUGAAUUAAAGUUAAGGUAAAAGCUUUUUGAACGACUAAUUUGACUGGUAACAUAGAACAUUUUUCGAGCUGUGCUCGUGUUUAAAACUAAUGUAACAUCUGUUGCGCUGUCAUAUAUACCGUUUGUGAAAUGUAAACAUUUUGUUAUUCGAUGUCACCCUUGACAACUAAAAUUGAAUGUAUUGUUGCUAGCAAAAAAGUUUCUAGUCACUUACCGUACGAAACAGAACAGCAUUGUUGUACUACUAUUGUAGGCUCGUAUUCCAUGCAAGCGUUAUUUUCCCCUAGUCGAGGCGACCUACUAGGUGGUUUACUAGGUGGUAGAAAUUAUUCUCUGCCUAGGAGUCUAAGGUAGGUACCAUCCUCCUAUUUCUACCGCCAAAUAGAAGUUCUCGCAAUGUUGUGUUCGGUAUACAGAGUACAAAGAGCCAGUAUAAGUUGCGGUACGAAAGUCUAGCGGUGACCGUUAUUGCGCAUGAGUUGCGCUGAUUGGCUUAUGCUCAUAAGUCGCCUUAAUUGGCUCUUGCGUAUUGUACGCACGCGCUGAUAGGCUCUAAAGUCGCAUUCGUGCAAAUCAAUUCGUGUGCGUUUCCUCCACGUUUGGUUCAGCGCUAGACUUACGUACCGCGACUUGUAAUAACUGUAGUAAAACAGUCUACGAGUCAUUUUAUCUUUGUCCUCGGAGUUGAUAACACAUCUGCUGCCUUGUUGCAAGUUCGCUGCAAGUGUCCAUGGACUGCAGUAGCCACUUGCUAUAAUGUGUAUAACUUCGUGUAUCACUACAGUUACAAAAAAGCCUAUUCGUGCUGCCCUAAUACAACUGCAGUAUGUAAAAAAUUAUAAAAUUUAUUUAAAUGCAACUUUAUGAUUAUAUGAAUUUAGUAUCGUUCUUUAUACGUAGAAAGGUUGCAUUUUCCUUGAAAACUUACAAGUUUACACGCAACACUUCGCGUGCACCGAUUAUCGUUCGGUCGUGUUGAAUCCAGGGAAUAUCUAAAGAAGGUGAAACUUUUGCUUCGUUACGUGUGACAACUGAAUUCUAACCUGGCGGAUGCACUGUUUAACGAGCAGGGAUAGCUUAGAAGUUGUAAGAACUCCGUGAUCCAGCGAGUCGGUGGGGAAAGUUCUAAUGGCUCUACAAGGUUGCGUGUCUUCAAUUGUGCGAAAUGAAUAGAGACAUAUUCACAUGACAUGUAUUCUUUUAAAUGAUUGGUGUACUAGAUAAAUAUGCUUCUUUGUUGUAUUGUGUCUUCUUAAAAUAAAUAAUUUCAUAUUUUAUUUUAUCACGUUUUUAUUAACUUGCUUUCUUUCGUGUAUGCCUGUUCGGGUCGAAUUUAGAAAUUGAUUUCUAAUCCGGAUAACCUAGAGACUUGGAAUUUUGAACAUAUCUCGGAAUCGGAUGAAUAUGUAAGAAAAAAUCGUGGUAUAUUAAAAAUGUUUGAUACGUAACUUAUUUUACUUGUUAUAUCUGUCAUUAAAUAAUAAUAUCUUAUAUAAACAUUAAAUAAAACAUCAGUAAAAUUAAACGAAAAAAAUCGGAAGGAAUUUUUAUGUUAUCUUCUUUUAAGUUACUAAGUAGCAUUUCGUUACAAUGUGUUGCGAAUUUUAAGCCCGUCUUAGUGGCUACGUUCAAAUGUCAAUCGAAUCUUUUUAUUUUAUCGAAACACGCGAAUCAGCAUUUUUCACUAUUUCCCUGUUUUUCUAAUACUGGACGCAAACUAAACGUGUCGUCAGAUAAGAAUACUAUUACGUCUGGUUUUAAAUUGUAAAAUAUAUUAUGUUUGUGGCAUAUGGAUCUGAGACGUGGUCUUUCACUGCUGGCCGUAUUAAGAUAUUUAAAGUCGCUCACUGAGGUAUGGAGACAACUAUUCUCGAAGUUAUAAAAUUCGUAAUGAAGAUAUACCCAGUAGAACAUGACAAGCGACAGCCCUACGGAUCAAUAAGCUGAAGAGUAAUAGACAUACCAUAUUUUUCGAAGAACCGUCAAUAACAUAAUUUAAAAUUAAAACUGUUGUACAACCGAUUUCAAUAUAAAUUAUUAAGAAUAACUCUAAAUCUAUUGGUCGAACCUUGAUCAAAUUUAUAUGGGACCACAUGUGAAGCACCAGCUUU